AUGUCCAUGGCAAACAUGGAUUCAAAGGACUGCGUCAUCAUAGGAGCCGGAUUCCACGGCUUGGCUGCGGCCAAACAGUAUCGCUGCAGCCAGCCGGAGCACUCAGUUGCCGUGUUCGAUUCGCAGGCAUCCAUCGGCGGAACAUGGGCGGAGGAGAGGCUGUAUCCAGGUUUAAAGACCAACAACAUGUUCGGAACGUACGAAUAUCCCGAUUUCCCCAUGGAGAGUGGAAAGCUUGGCGCCGAACCAGGUCAACAUAUUCCUGCCCGAGCAGUGCACGAAUACCUCAAGUCGUAUGCCGAGAAUUUUGGCCUCGUGCCCCUGAUUUGUCUCGAAACAAAGGUCAUUUCGGCAGAGCAUCAAGAAGCCAAAGGGGGGUGGAUAUUAACCCUCCAACGUCACGGUGAGACGUUCACCAUGUUUUCGCAGAGGUUAAUCGUCGCGUCCGGCUUUACUUCUGAGCCCAACCGAAUACGGUUUGUCGGCGACGAGAGUUUCGGGGGCCGAAUUUUCCACGCCCGCGAUUUUCAUCACAACGCAGAUACCGUCGAGUUGGCCCAGAGUCCUACGGUGUAUGGGUCGACAAAGUACGCGUGGGAUGCUGUCUAUGCUUACGCGACAGCUGGAGCCGAAGUGCACUGGGUCAUUCGAGAUACACGAUUGCUCACAUGGUUCAGCCCUUGUAUCUGGGGCUCGCAAUGUGGGCAUUCAUGGGUCAGGAGGCUCUUGCACGGCACCAUGGUUGGAAGAUUCAUCACCAACUUGUUCUGGAAAAUUCUGGCAUCAGACGUGCUGGCCCGGUGCCAGCUUGACUCGCACCCGGAGACGAGAAAGCUGAAGCCCAAGCUCGAUGCCAUGUUUGCGGGAGCAAGUUUUAGCAUCUUGAAUUAUGAUACCGACUUUUUCGAACUUGUUAGGAACGGGCGGGUCAAGAUUCAUAUAGCCGACAUCGAGUGUCUGAGUCCAGGCAAGGUCCAUCUCUCUGAUAAUACUUGCUUUGAGUCGGAUUCGAUCCUAGUACAUACUGGGUGGAAGAAGGUGCCUCCAAUCAAGUUCCUCCCCGAGGGAGUUGAUGCCGAGCUGGGGCUUCCCCAUCGUCAAAAAGACGGGCUACACGGAGAAGCCUUUGGGAGAAACGGAGCCUUUUUUGACAGGGCUGACCGGGAGAUUUUAUCACAGUUUCCAAGCUUGCAAGACCAGCCCAAGUGUCUGAAGGAUUACGUGCCGCUUUCGAAUGUGCCCGGGAUUGUAAAGGCCGGGAGACCGACGGAAAAUGACAACUUGACACCAUUUAUGCUUCAUCGAUUCAUAGUACCCCCGUCCCCGCGGUUUCUCCGCCAUCGAGAUGUCGCCUUUUGCGGCAUGGUGAUGAACUUUAGCACGCCCAUAUUGGCGCAUAUCCAGAGUCUAUGGAUAGCCGCUUACAUGUCAGGCAGGUUGAGCCGCGAUGCAACACGGAAUCUCUUGGAGCCAGGGGCACUGGAAGAACUGCAGUACCAAACAGCUCUGGCCAAUCGGUUCGGGAAAUGGCGAUAUCCUGUGGAUUGGGGUAGCAAGGCUCCUUCAUUCAUAUUCGACGCCGUUCCCUACUACGAUGUGCUACUUCAAGAUUUAGGACUGAACUGUACGAGAAAACAGGGACUCUUGUCAUACUUGUUUGAACCAUAUGGGCCACAAGACUACCGCGACACGACCAUGGAAUGGUUAGCAAAAUUUAAAACCCUAGGUGGAUAG